GCUAUAUAACAAGUAACAUGAUUAGCGGUAAAUAUUUUGUUGUGAAAGCUGCUAUUUGUGAAACGUGAAAUGGAUCUUAUCAGACUGGAUCGAUGAGCUAUCGGAUCGCUGCAUUUGCGCCAAAGAAAACCUUCAUUUUUUGCUUCACAAUGGGAGAACGAGGACAAAGGCGGUCGGUGAACUGCUGGUGGGCUGUCGGGAUGUUGUUGCUGUGCUGUGGGGAACGGAUUCUGGCUCAGCUGAGAUACUCUGUUCCAGAAGAAGUACAAGUGGGAUCCCCUGUUGGAAAUGUUGCAAAGGAUUUAGGCCUUGACAUCAGCACUUUGACAGACAGGCGGUUUCGUAUCGUUUCGGGCCCGAACCAUGCUCUGUUUCAGUUAAAUCAAAUCAAUGGAGUGUUGUAUGUUGGAGAAACGAUGGACCGCGAGGACCUCUGUGAUGGAGUCAAGGUUUGUUUGAUAAACCUGAAAAUUGUUGUUGAAAGCCCACUGGAAAUACAUUACGUUGGCGUUGAAAUAACUGAUGUUAAUGACCAUUCGCCGACUUUUCCAGAAAACGAGCAGCAGCUGGAGAUAGCAGAGCAUACUCCUCCAGGUACUCGUUUCCAAAUUCAUGCGGCUAGAGACCCUGAUGUCGGUGCACAGUCAGUCCGGUUAUAUAAACUGAGUUCAAGUGAUUUUUUUGAUACUGAAAUCAGAGACAGCGAGGAGGACAAGAUACCGUUUUUAGUGUUGAAAAAGCCUUUGGACAGGGAGCAAAAGGCAGAACACCGUUUAGUGUUAACGGCUGUUGAUGGGGGCAGCCCGUCGAAAUCUGGGAGCCUGAAUUUGACAAUCACUGUACUAGAUGCAAAUGAUAAUCGCCCAGUGUUCAGCAAAGACAUUUACACUGUGACACUGGAUGAAAAUGCGUCAAUGGGAACUCUUGUUCUAAAAGUAAACGCAACAGAUUUAGAUGAAGGUUUGAACAGCGAAAUUGAAUACACACUUGGAAAAACACAAAAGAAAAAAGUGCACGAUACAUUUGAUUUAGACAGCGUCACCGGUGAGAUUCGAGUAAAAGGAAAAGUGGACUUUGAGGACACAGAGAUUUAUAGAUUAGAUCUGCAAGCUUCAGAUAAAGGCCAGCUACCGUGGACGGCCGAAAGUAGAGUUGUGAUAAAAAUAAAAGAUGUGAACGAUAACCAGCCAAACAUUGAAGUCACAUCGUUAUCCAACUUAGUCCCUGAGGAUUCAAAACCUGGUACUGUUAUAUCUCUAAUCAGUGUUACGGACAAAGAUUCUGGGGUUAAUGGAAAAGUUAUUUGUAAAAUAUCAGGCAAUGUUCCGUUUGAUCUGACGCCAUCCAUUGAGGAAAACAUGUACUCUCUAGUCACAAAGGGGCGUUUAGACAGAGAAAUUAUGUCCCAUUAUGACAUCACGAUAACAGCUACUGACUGUGGUGAACCCCCACUAUCCACAGUAAAAACACUGAGUGUUCAGGUGUCAGAUGUUAAUGACAACAGGCCACUUUUCAGCCAGAAUCCAUUUGAACUGUAUUUGGUAGAAAACAAUGUCCAGGGUGCAUCGAUAUUUUCUGUAAGUGCUGUUGAUAAUGAUCUGGAAGAAAAUGCAGCAAUAACAUAUCAAAUUGUGAGAGGGGAUGGACUGCAUCGUGAUAUGUCAUCUUUCCUAAAUGUCAAUUCGGAGAGCGGACAAAUAUCGGCGUUAAAAAGUUUUGACUUUGAAACACUGAAAACGUUCCAGUUCCAAGUUGUCGCCACAGAUUCUGGAACUCCGUCACUAAGCAGCAACGUCACAGUGAACGUGUUCAUUCUGGAUCAGAACGACAACGCUCCAGUCAUCCUGUAUCCAGUCAGCUCUAACGGUUCUGCUGAAGGUGUGGAGGAGAUUCCCCGCAAUGUGAACGCAGGACACUUGGUGACUAAAGUCAGAGCCUAUGACGCUGAUAUAGGAUAUAACGGCUGGUUACUGUUUUCACUGCAGGAAGUUACUGACCACAGUCUCUUUGCUUUGGACCGCUAUACAGGACAGAUCAGAACACUUCGCUCAUUCACAGAGACAGACGAGGCUGAGCAUAAACUGAUCAUACUGGUGAAAGACAAUGGCAACGUUUCUCUCUCAGCAACAGCUACUGUGCUUGUCAAAGUUGUGGAGCCCAAAGAGGCUUUUGCUGCUUCUGAUGUUAAAAGUGCAACAAGAGAUGAGGAGGGGACUGAUGUGACUUUUUACCUCAUGAUAACUUUGGGAUCAGUUUCUGUACUUUUUAUCAUCAGUAUCAUCGUGCUGAUUGCAAUGCAGUGCUCCAAAUCCACAGACUAUACUUCUAAAUAUCUACAAGAGACUAAUUAUGAUGGGACACUGUGUCACAGCAUCCAGUACAGAUCUGGAGACAAACGCUACAUGUUAGUUGGACCCAGAAUGAGUAUAGGAUCUACUAUAGUCCCGGGCAGCCAUGCCAACACACUAGUGCUCCCUGACAGGAGACGGCCUUCUGGAGAGGUAAGAUCAUGUUAUGUUACGAACAUGACACCAUAUUUCGUGGCGCUGACCAUGGUUUACUAA